CCACCGUCGUUUGCCUCACUGUAUUGUGGGCCAUCGGGUAAAGAUGGCGGACGCGUUCGGGGAUGAUCUGUUCAGCGUGUUCGAGGAGGAAUCCUCCAAAAAGGAUAAAACAGGGUCUGGAGGCACCGGCGGCGGGGGAACCAUUGGGAAGGCCUUUGCUGGAGGUGCUCAAGGAGCUAAUGCAGUUUCUUCAGUGAAGAACAAGCGCGAAGUUGAGACAGAUAAUCCAGAUGAUGCAUUCUUUGGAAAAAAACCAAAACUUGAAGCUGUGUCCACCGAGGAAAUUAAUCUUGCAGACUUGAUGCCUAAGGUGAAGGUGGAACAAGUUGAUACAGUCGAAGGCUGUAACCAUGAAGUGGCCAUUCCAUUGUCAGAUGAAUAUCAGCAACUAAAACCUCGUAUUGGAAAAGCAGCCAAGGAAUACCCUUUUAUUCUUGAUGCUUUUCAAAGAGAGGCCAUUGCUUGCAUUGAUAACAAUCAGUCUGUACUGGUGUCUGCACAUACAUCAGCUGGAAAAACUGUGUGCGCUGAGUAUGCAAUAGCGCUUGCUUUACGUGAUAAGCAAAGAGUUAUCUUUACCAGUCCUAUCAAAGCAUUGAGUAAUCAAAAAUAUCGUGAAAUGUAUGAAGAAUUCCAGGAUGUUGGACUAAUGACUGGCGAUGUCACAAUCAAUCCAACAGCCUCCUGUCUGGUCAUGACAACUGAGAUUUUGAGAAGCAUGUUGUACAGGGGAUCUGAGGUAAUGAGAGAAGUCGCCUGGGUUAUCUUUGAUGAAAUUCAUUACAUGAGAGAUGCAGAACGUGGUGUUGUUUGGGAGGAAACAAUUAUUCUUCUCCCAGACAAUGUACAUUAUGUGUUCCUUUCUGCAACUAUUCCCAAUGCACGACAAUUUGCUGAAUGGAUCUGCCACCUUCACAAGCAGCCGUGCCAUGUGAUCUAUACCGACUACAGACCGACACCUUUGCAGCACUAUAUUUUUCCAGCUGGAGGUGAUGGAUUGCAUCUAGUAGUUGAUGAAAAUGGGGAUUUUAGAGAAGAUAACUUCAAUACUGCUAUGCAAGUACUGAGAGAUGCUGGUGAACUUUCCAAGGGUGAUCCAAAGGGACGUAAAGGAGGAACUAAAGGACCAUCAAAUGUGUUCAAAAUUGUGAAAAUGAUCAUGGAAAGGAAUUUUCAGCCUGUUAUCAUCUUCAGCUUCAGCAAGAAAGACUGUGAAGCAUAUGCACUUCAAAUGUCCAAGUUGGAUUUUAAUACAGAUGAUGAAAAAAAACUCGUGGAAGAGGUAUUUAACAAUGCUAUUGAUUGCUUGUCUGAUGAAGAUAAAAAACUUCCUCAGGUUGAACAUGUGCUGCCUCUUUUAAAACGAGGUAUUGGAAUUCACCAUGGUGGUUUGCUUCCUAUUUUGAAAGAAACUAUUGAAAUUCUCUUCUCUGAAGGACUCCUGAAGGCACUAUUUGCAACAGAGACCUUUGCUAUGGGUAUCAACAUGCCAGCAAGGACAGUUUUGUUCACCAGUGCCCGCAAAUUUGAUGGGAAAGAUUUCCGUUGGAUCUCUUCAGGGGAAUACAUUCAAAUGUCAGGUCGAGCUGGUAGACGUGGCAUGGAUGAAAGAGGAAUUGUUAUUCUUAUGGUAGAUGAAAAGAUGAGUCCAACAGUUGGAAAACAACUUCUGAAGGUAGUAAAUUCAGUGUAACUUAUUUCAUAGACUCAUACAGCAUGGAAACAGA